AUUUAAGGGUGACAGUAAUGACAUUUACGUCUUCAAGAAAUUUUAUCUAAUUCUGUUAGUUGUUAUAUCACACAGGCAAUUUUCUUUUAUUUUUUUUUUGAAAAAAUAGAUCUCAAAUUUGAUAAAAAUUAUAAAAGAUAAUUAUGGCCCCAACUAAAGAAUCAAUGUUUUCGUUUCUUCCCGAUUUGUUCAAGACUUUUUCUUCUUUUAUUCCAAUAUAUUCCGUAAAAACUCAGGAAGCCGAGGAAGAGGAAUUGGUUGACCCUCAAACUGCACUAAGAGAAAAAUGUAAUGCUGAGGGUAAAAUUGAAGCAUUGUAUGCCAAAUAUCAGGAAUGUAACGAUAGAGUAAAUAGUCGUUCUAAAACCACAGAAACUUGCGUUGAAGAACUUUUCGAUUACAUACAUGAAUUAGAUCAUUGUGUGGCUCACCACAAUUUAUUUUCUAAAAUUAAGUAAAACGUCUAUAAUUUGUUAAAUUUUGUGAGUCAAUAAAUAGUUGAAAUUAACUAAA